AACAGCUCCUGGUAUCUAGUCGAUAUCGCUGGUGCAUGCACGCUAUUGGUGUCAGGCGGCUAUCUACCAUAAAUGCAUGGCAGUAAGGUUUCAUUGCAGCGUUUACUUAGAUCUGCACGAUUCUGUCGGAUCAAGCGUGGACUACAUGAUCGUGAAAUUCACCUUGUCUUCAAAUACCUCAAGGUCUGCCAAGACAGAGUCCAGUUCUCUGUAUCCUAAACGCUCCGAUGUGUCACCAGCGGAGAUAAGCUCUCAAUUAGCUUCGAGCUAUACUUUCCGCGGUAGCACAGUGAAGGGAUAUGUGCACUUGUAAGGAGGAGUCGGAGAUAAGACCAUGAGUGAGGUUCUAGGCGCAAUGGUAAUAGAAUGUGGCACAAUAGCUGUCAGGCGCCUACCCCAGAUUAGCUUAGACGAUGGUAAAGGUGAAGUGCCAUGCAAGGGUACAGGACACAUCCUAUAGAGUCCAUUCUUGAGUGUGUAUGAUGCGAGGAUCAUCCCUGGCCAGCUGAUAAUUAGCGCCAUCCAGGCUCCGCAUUAUGAACCCGACAGACUGCAGACAUCGGACAAUACCUGGAUGCUUG